AUGGCCUUUUCAGUUAACUCAUCCUAUAAUAAGCUACGGUCACUCCUUGAGUCUACCUCGAACGAUGCGUUACCCGCACUGCAAGACAUCACAAAAGCCACUCAGUCCCUCGUCCAAAAUCUUCCGGCGAUAGGGCUCGGGGAAGAAGCCACUGCAGCACAUCUUCUCUCCGAUAUAACCCCUGGCUUCAAUGGUCCCAAAACAUCAUCUAACUAUUAUGGAUUCGUCACUGGGGGUGUUUUCCCAAUCGCGGAAGUCGCUGACAAUAUCGUCACCGCUUUCGAUCAAAACGUACAAGUGCAUUUACCAGAUCAAAGCGUCAGUACUAUUGUCGAAGAUAAGGCCUUGGAAAUGCUAGCAGAUUUUCUGAAUCUGGGCGACGGCUGGGAGGGAAGAACCUUUACUACCGGUGCUACCAGUGCGAAUACUCUUGGAUUGGCCUGUGGACGUGAAGCUGUGAUUUCGAGGAGGCUGAAAGAGGUGGGAGAGAGUAGAGGGGUCGGUGAAUUGGGAUUACUUUCGGCCUGUGCCAAAGCUGGAAUUAAGGAGAUUCAGAUCUUGACAUCUAUGGCUCAUAGUUCUACGUACAAAUCUGCGAGUAUCGUUGGUCUUGGUCGUGCUUGUGUUAGGGACAUUGGGUUUAGUUCGACCGAGCCAUGGAAGAUCGACUUGAAAGUCCUGGAACAGGAGUUGGCUAGAGAGAAAGAUGGAGUGGUUAGUAUUGUUUCGUUAAGUGCUGGAGAAGUCAACACUGGGAGAUUUGCGACUGAGGGAAGGUACGGAAUGGAGAAGGUGCGUGAACUUUGCGAUCAGUAUGGCGCCUGGUUGCAUGUAGAUGGAGCAUUUGGACUUUUCGCUCAAAGUCUUCCGGAUAGUCCUGAAUUUGCUUCUUUAAGAAGUACAUCGGCAGGCAUUGAGCUAGCCGAUUCCAUCACAGGCGAUGGUCAUAAAAUGCUUAACGUGCCUUAUGAUUGUGGCUUCUUCUUCACUAGAUCAUCAACAACACUUUCAUCCGUAUUCCAGAACCCAAAUGCAGCAUAUCUCUCAUUGGGACCUUCAAGUAUCCCAUCACCUCUCAAUGUUGGUCUAGAGAACUCACGCCGUUUUCGAGCUCUCCCAGUCUACGCUGUGUUACUGGCGUAUGGUCGUGAAGGCUUAAGUGAGAUGUUUGCUCGCCAAGUCAGGUUAGCGAGAGCAAUUUCUAAAUUUUUAGAUGCGCAUGCUGGAUACGAACUCCUCGCGAAAGGCAAGUUGGAAAAUCAAAGUUUGAUUGAGAAUACACACAUCAUUGUCAUUUUCAGGGUAAAUGAUGACAGCAUCAACAAUGACUUGGUGAACAGAAUCAAUACCACGAGAAAAAUGUAUGUGUCAGGGACGAAAUGGGAAGGCAAGCCGGCAUGCAGGAUUGCAGUCAGCACGUGGAAGGUUGAUGUGGAUAGAGAUCUGCGACUCAUUAAAAAUGUUUUAGAUGGUGUUCUCCAACUUUGA